CAGGUGAUGAACUCGUCCAAAAAUUCCACCUUGUUCUCUUCUAAAUGCAGUUUGUUUCAUCCGAAGACGAUCGUGGAGAAGAGGGUUCGGAGAGAAUUCGUGGCGUGCCGGUAGUUUGUAUGUGGGUCGGUCUGGUUUGAAAAAAGUUUGGAUUUUGGUCCAUGUCUUUACCUUGUUUCGCUCGCCCUGCUCUUUGAUCCCGUAUGGGCACGUUCAGUUCUCUUUGCUCGUUCUCUUUCUUUCGCCGCCUUUCGUUGAACCCCGCAAAGGCUUGCGCGCGUUGUUUCUCAGCUAAAAGUGCUGACAUGAGGGAUGGUCUCAGUGGGUUCCUGAUGAAAAGCUUGAAUUUUUCCCGGUCCCGAGCGCUUGUCGUCUCGAACCGAUCCUCCCGGGCCACUUCCAAUUCCCUGGAGAAUUCUCGGGCAGUGAUAGAGUAUUUUCAGAAACUCGGGUUUUCCGAUGCGCAGAUUCGGUCUUCCGUUAUUGUCUGUCCGCAGAUUUUGUUUGCUGAUAUUGGCAAGACCCUUAAGCCGAAGCUUGAUUUUCUCCAAGGGCUGGGUCUCGUGGGUGCCGAUUUGGGGAGCUACAUUUCCAAGAGCGCGUCGGUUUUGUCGGUGAGUUUGGACAAGAGAUUGGUUCCCAAUGUGCAUAUCCUGAAAGGAGUUUUAUUCAAUGAUGAGGACAAUAGAGAUUUGAUUGUGGUUUUGCGAAGGUGCAAGUGGAUAGUUUCUAAGGACCCUGAAUCGGUUCUCAUGCGCAACAUUGCCUUCUUGGAGAGUCAUGGGGUUACUGGGUGUCAGCAAAGAAUGUUAUUGAAGAGGCAGCCAAGUCUCUUUGUUGCAAAAGAGUCGAGACUUAAUGGUCUUGUUUCGCGUGUUCUCAAGAUGGGCUUUUCACUGAAUUCUGGAAUGCUAGCUUAUGCGCUCUAUUCAGUCAGUUGCAUCAGUGUCAAGACCGUAGGGAAAAAAGUGAAACUGUUCAGGGACUUUGGGUUCUCAGAGGAGAAUAUCAUUUUAAUGUUCAGAAGGGCACCGACUCUGCUCAGGGUCUCUGAGGAGAAACUAAAGUUUGGAAUUGAUUUUUUUCUCAACGUCAUGAAGUGCAAAAGGACUUUAAUAGUUGGUAGACCCUCUUGUCUGAUGCACAGCAUGGAGGAUCGUGUGAUCGCUCGAUUUAGAGUUUUGCAGGUUGUUAAGUUAAAGGGGCUAAUGAAGAAGGAUCCUAGUUUUGUCGCAAUGGUGGAAUUAAACGAGGAAGCAUUCAUAGAGAGAUUCAUAUCACGGUUUAGAGAUGAUACAGAGCAGUUGCUUUUAGCUUACAAAGGUCAUAUUCUAGACGUAUAGGAUGAGUGGACAUCUGAUUAAAGCCUCGUAAUAUGUUAUGGCAUGUAGGAGGGCUAAUUUGUUCAAGAAUCAAUUCUUUACGGGGGGAUUUUCCUCAACCCUGCUGAUCUCGAGAUGGAGACCACUUGUUUGCCCUUUCAAAAAUUGUGUUUAAUGGCCGGCUAUUCUUCUCUUGUCUUUUGAUUAGCCACAAUAGCUAACUUUUGUCCUCAUUGUUUGAUGGAUGCUGUUCUCCAGAUGGCUCUGUUGCAUAAAGAACCCAAAGCUAUCAGGUUAUAGACAUUCCAAAUAGAAGCUGCAAUGAGGUUGUUAUGCUGACUGGGUAAGUGGUAAAGCAUUUCUUUUACUGUUGCAGUCUUGGAGUCUACAGAGAAAGAUGGCUCAGUUUAAUGGUAAGUGUUACUGCUCAAUGCAAUACUGGAAGAAAACAAGUUGUGUCCAAACCAUUCAUGUUAUGCGUUCAUGGAUAGUCAUUUCUCUUUAAAAGUUUCGAUGUAUAUUCAAUUGUAUUACUAGCAUUUAUUUCCAAUUGAGUUGCAAUUUUUUAUUGCACUAGGCAUGACUAGGCUUAUGGUAUUUUUUAAAUUUCUCAGUAGUCACUGUAGAUUCCUACGUUUUGAUAUUAUUGUACAUGAACAGUUCCUUUUUGCGUUUUUUCAGUAAUCUUAUUUUGAUGAGAAAAUUGGCAUGCUUAAUCUAAAAAAUCGCUUGGAGGAUGUUUUGUUUGAUGUUAGCUGUGAGGAACUAACUUUUGCCAAGAGUCACUAUAUCUUUACAUAGAGGAGUCUGAAUAGGGAGUCCCAUGGGCAAAAUGUUACUUUCCUAACUAAAGUACGAGCCUUGGACAUCAUCAUACGAGUCGUUAGAUUUAUCCUACUUCUGUCUAGAUCUCGCUUUGCAUUCUUUUUUUCUCCUUGCCCAAUAAAUGUAGGGUUUUUCAUUUUAUCUUAAUUCUUUAUGUGACCCUUUUCUGGUACGGUACUGUCUGCAUCUUUAUUUUGUGCUUGGUACAUUUUUCUUCUUGUUUUCUUCCUUUUAUCCCAGUCUGAGAUUUUUCUUGUCUAAUUCGUUUUCUUUCUAGAAUUCCACCCUUGAAAAAGUAACCUUUUGAUCAUUGUCUGCAUCUCAAUGAUGAAUAGUGCCUUGUAAAAGUUCAGCUUAUACAGGUCAUAGUUCAAUGUAUUGUCUGUGACCAUUGACCAUUACUCGUGCAAAAGCUCAAGGGCUUUAAGCAAAGUGGGUUUAAACCUCCUAACAUCGAUUGUGACAUUCUGCUUGUCUAAGUAACCCAACUUAAAAGCUUCUAAGUUACAUCUAUGAAAUAAAUAUGGAUUCUUCAAGGCCAUAUGGUCUAGUGGGAAUUGCUCUAUCAAAGUGCUCUCUUUUGUCCCUAUCUUAUACUCUAGAUACCUUAUGUUCAUUUCCUUUGAGGGCACUCCAAAGUAUGUUUUCGCAACCAGUUCUACACCGCCUAAAGGAACUACUUGUAUCAUAACCGCACCCUCAGGAAGGAAGAGAACAUUAGUAAGUCCAGCUCCAUGUAUUCCCAUCACCACAUCACAAGAAUUCAUUAUCUCUGCAAAUCUAGCCACGUGUAUGUCCGCCUCAGCAACAAUCACUUCAAACCCCAUACUUUCUGCUGUCUCCGCAAUAUUUGUAGAAUUAGUGAAUGAUCGAGUCCUUUUCCUCGAUAUUACCAAAAGACGGGGCUUUCUAGUGUCGCCAGGUCUUAGUCUAACCGCAUUUCUCCUUUUCAGUGAGUAGGUGUUUCUCAAAAACUCUCUGAAGUCUCUCAUCGUGUAGGGUGACUUGGAAGGAUCUAUAUUUAGCUCUCCAUGACGCUGAAGACCCAUGAGGAUGCUUGGAAAGCAAUGAACAUCUUCUUCUUGGUCGAUAUUGAUAAUUGGAUAGUAAGAAAGAUUUUGUAAAAUUGCUUGGAACUUCGUGACCCACCAAGAGCGGCAAUCAGAAAUGAGGAACUGCACUUUUCCAUUAAAGGGCCUGGACGUCAAGUACAAUGGAAUUAUGAUAUCACUGAAGUCAUGGAAAUGGUUUCCUGCAUAUCCUCCUGUGGAGAAGAGAAUGGAUGCGAUGGUAUGAUUUUGGGUGCACUGAGGAACUUGUACAUCCGAAAAUGCUGGUAUUAUUGACCAUUCUCUGACGUGAUUCAUUGCUUGUCCAUAACAUGGCACGGUGGCUCUCUUUGCUUCAUUGCAUUUUCCGCCACUACAAGAUUAUUAGUGAAAAAAUGAGAACCCCUCCAAACAAGACAAAGCCUGAUCAAGGGAGAAAAACGCUUGCCAUGUACAUUUAGUAUGAUUACGUACUCAGCUGAUUGGUCAUUGAAGAUGUUUUACUCUGGAAAACAGUGGAAUUGCAUCGUUGCUCCUGUUUAGCCAUAAUGUUUUCUACAACUGCAAGAGGUAUGGACACAUUUAAUGACCCUUUCCAAUUGACAACUGCAGAAUCACAGGAAAAGCAAGUAAAGUUCAUGUAUCCUAAAUGAUUGCUUCAGAAAAUUUGCCAAACACUGAGAAUGCGGCAUCUAAUUGUACAUCAUCUACUGGAGCAUGGGGUCAGAAUUAUGGCAUGUUAGGAGACUUAGGUUGAGAACUUAAGACGUUGGCUUGUGACUGUUUCAGUUCUUGCAAGAAACAAGGUGGGGAUUACUCACGCGUCAGUGAAGGACCCAGGUAAGGCCUGAACCUGAAGACAGCGCAGAAGCUCAACACAAGGAAUGAGCAAGCGACAAAUGCUCCAUACACCAACUUCUUCCGCUUGAACCUGCCAAAGCUUUUCGCAAUGAUCGCACCGUGCAUCAUCUCGGCUUGGACUAAGUAGCAAACGCCAGAGAGUAGAAACGUCUGAUCAUGUGUUUGAUUGUAUGAAACCCUCUUCUCAAGGAGAGGCCGGUUUCUCAAAUAUGAUGACCAUGAAGCAGGCCUUAAGAUGCCAUUUAUGUAGGCGGA